UUCAUAACUUCUACACUGAAGAGCACACACCGGGGAAUUACUUCCGCUUGGAAACAACAAGAUCAAACCAGAACGCUGAAACAAGCUCUAAACCUGUUAAAACGAUAGGCUGACUUACAAAGAUAAGGAUGGAUGCAGCAAGGGUUUUCCAGGGCACUACAAAGAAACAUGAUAUUCCAAUGGACCACCUAGACUUUGGAUACAUCAAGGAGUGUACCAAUGUGAAGCAUUUGGAAAAAAUUCUCAGAGUCCUCAGGUCAAAAGAAGAAGGUUUCUAUCCUGACUUGGAAAAUUGUUGUGAGAGCAGAUUGCAGGACUUGAACCCUAGCAGUCGUCUGCUAAGGAAACAUGAUCCACUGUAUUCUAAGGGAGAUCUGGAUAGAACAGAGAGAGAAGAGUUGGACCAUGACUUAAAGAACUGGUCUUCUGACAUGAAGAAUAUUGAAAGCAACAUAGGUGGACAGUUUGAUAUAAUGGACAGUGAGGACCAAGAGUUACCUCCCAUUAGGUCUGGAAACAUUACUCUUACCGCAGAUGGAGCCAAGUCCAGCAAGUCACAAAAAACAAAUCCUAACAAGAAAGCAUUGCCAAGAGAAUACAGAGACUGGGACAAAAUUGAUGUCGAAAAAGAAUUGGAGAAAGUUGAUGAACCAGAUCAUAAAGUGAAGGAGAGAACUUUUAUUGCCAACAGAGAAGUGACAAAUAUUCCAAACAAAAUUGAUGCUAAAGGCUUGUCAGACAGCGAGAAACUGCUGAAAGCAAAUCGUGAGAAAGAUAAAGGCAAUGAGGCAUUUAGAUCUAAUGACUUUAAGGAAGCCAUUACUUAUUACUCCAGGAGUAUAUCCUUACAGCCAACAGCAGCUUCUUACAAUAACAGAGCCCUCGCAUAUUUAAAGACCUCUGAUUGGCAGAAAGCUAUAAAUGAUACAGAUACUGUGCUGAAACUGGAACCAGGCAAUGUUAAAGCUUUGUUAAGGAGAGGAACAGCAUAUAAAGGAUUGAAAAAACUACAGAAAGCCAAAGCUGACAUUAACGAUGUCUUGAAGAUAGAACCAAACAACAAAAAAGCUCAGGAACUGUUGGAACAAAUAGAAAAGGAUACCCAGGAGAAGAAAAAGACUGGUAGAAGAAUGGUCAUUGAGGAUGUUGACGGAGACGAGCAAACUGAAAAUCUUGCCAACACAGAUAGUACGCCUUCACAGGGUGACAACUCAGGUUUAAAAUCUACAAAAACAGAUAGUAUUGACAAAAAUGGUGAAAAAUCUGUCAGUGAAAGUGGUGAUAAAAAAGAUGAAAAUCCUGUAAGGAGAAUGCAGAUAGAAGAAGUUGACAGUGAUAGUGAUAAAGAUGAUGAAAAUGAAGGUGAAGUGUUAGUGAAUGGACAUGUUUCAGAAGAAGAAAGAAAUAAAACAGAAAUUAGUAAUGGACCUGUAAAAGAUGAACAAAUUGUGAGUGAUGUUGGAAAAGAAUCAGAAAGCAAGAUCAAGGUAGAAACAGAAUUGGAAAAAGUAGAAUUGGUAUCGGAAGAUAACAAUUCUAAAGAAAGUGUUAAAGACAGUCAGUCUGAUAAACUAAGUGAAACAACCAAAAAUGACACUGAAGAUGAUAGGAGUUCUCCAGUAGCUGCUGAAGAAGUAAAAUCAGACACGGAAAGUGCAGAAGAAGAGGAAAGUUCUGAGGUAGAAAGUUCUGAGACAGAGGCUGUUGUACCAGAACAAGAAAUAAAGAGACCAGUAUUUUAUAUGAAAGAAUUGCCACCAAAAACAGCAGUGAUUAAGGAGGAAGCAACUACACUGUUUAAAAGUGGACAAUAUGGUGAAGCUUGCCUCAAAUAUAACAAAGUGAUCAGCCUACUGGAAAAUGAUGAGAGUCAGACUGUAAACUUGUCAUUGAUGUUCAGUAAUCGUGCUGCUUGCCACCUGAAGACCGGAGAUUUACCAGGAGCGGUGAAAGACUGUAACGCUUCCCUACACCUUAUACCACAUUGUGUUAAACCACUACUUCGGAGAGCAUUGGCUUAUGAACACUUAGAGAGGUUCAGACCAGCCUAUAUAGAUUAUAGACAUGUCUUGUUGCUGGAUUCUAGAAUGGAUCAAGCUCAUCUAGGAACAAAAAGAUGUCAGCACAUGUUGUCACAGAAGGAUGGUCCAAGAUGGCGGGAGAAAGUUCAUCUGCCGAAGGUCUCUCCAUUCGAAAUCCCAGAUAUUAUUGGUCUGGAUGGAAAAUCUACAGCACCACCAGUGUUCAGUAACCCACCAGCUGGCAGCCAAUCACAGUCCACCUGUACAAGCACCAGCCAAUCAAAAGAGAGUACUAAUCAGAGUGUAUCUAGUCCGUCCAAGAAAGCAGAAAUACCAACACCUGUAGCCGUAGAGACUAAACAAGAGAAGAAAAGUGUACCACAGUUAAAAUUAACACCCAAGGAACAGUUUGAGACAUUUAAAUCAGAAGGAAAUGAAUAUGUUAAACAGAGUAAAUUCAAAGAGGCAAUAGAGUGUUACAAUAAAUGUGAGACUGUGUUACCAGGCCAGGUUGCUAUCUACACAAACAGAGCUCUAUGCUACAUCAGAACUAAUCAGCCAAAGAAAGCUGAGGAGGAUUGUUCAGAGGCACUGAAGUUAGAGAAGGAUAAUGUGAAGGCAUUGUUCCGACGGGCUCAGGCUAGAAAGAUGUUGAAAACAUACAGAGACGGUAUUGAGGACCUCAAACAUUUACUACAAGUUGAUCCUAGAAAUUCAGCAGCAAAGAAAGAAAUGGAACUACUGAAAAAUUACUGGAGAGAGGAACUGGAAAGUAUGAAGAAAAAUAUAGCUGACUUACAGAGUAAGAAAGAUGACUUGGCCUCAAAGGUAUCCAGUGCACAGUCUGGAAAACAGACCGGGACACAUUCUGGAACACAGAAUGGUACACAGUCUGCAAAAAAGACUGGGACACAGUCUGGUAAACAGAAGAGGCGUAUGGUGAUACAGGAAGUUGAAAGUGAGGAAGAAGAGAAUAUAGAUAAAGGUGCAUCAAAAGCAAGUUCAGAAAGCAAGGCAGGUGGAAAAGAUGCAAAACCCAAAGUAGAAGUAAUUAACACAGAAACAAACAAGAAACAAUCAAAAUCAAAACCAGUCAAAGAGCACAAAGACAGUAAACCAGUCAAUUCACAGACUGGUUCUAGCAAAAAAGGUUCAAAACCCAGUCAGAAGAAAUCAGCAAUAAAGGAAACCAGUCAGGGUUUACCAAGUGUGCCACAGACAGCACCAAAGCUGGAUAAAGCAACACCAUAUGAGUUUAUAUCAGCCUGGAAUGCUCUAAAGAAUUCGGAAACUGUGAAGCUGUAUUAUGAUCUGCUCAAACAAAUCAAACCUGGUGAUAUAAAAACUGUGAUAUCAAAUAAGCUUGAUGGUGCCAUGCUUAAUGUAAUAACACGAUGUGUGUCUGAACAUUACCUACCUAAUGGUGAAGGUGAAACAAGCUACGAGUUGCUAAGAAACCUUUCAACUGUGCCAAGAUUUAAGACAGUUUCCAUGUUCAUGUCACAGAAAGAGAAAACAGAUGUUCAGACAGUGAUGAACAAGUUAGAAUCACUUCCGUCCAAGAUUUACAGCCCAGAGGACAUUAAACAACUGAGGAAGGAAUACAGUGUAUAACAGUUAAAUACAAUGUCGGACAGUUGCAUACAGCAUCUUAACAGUUGAAUACAAUGUCGGAAAGUUGAAUACAAUGUUUGACAGUUAUAAUGUCGGAAAGUUGAAUACAAUUUUUGACAGUUGAAUAAUAUGUCUGACUGUUGUUAGAUAUAUAAGAAGAGAAGUUGAUAACAUAUGCACUGUACAUGCACUUAGCUGAAAUAAAUACUGUAAACAAAAGUAAUUUAAGGUUAGGACAGAAAUACUGAUGAUAGAGGAUAAUUUGCAAGUUUAACACAAAGUACUAAUCAUUUAGUAUAAUGUAUCAGCUGACAGGUUGGUAUGAACAUAUUUAUUGUUGGAUAUGGUUAUGAGCAAAAUACGUAAAAAGAAAAUAUAUACAUUUAGUAUACUGAUAUAUCAAUUUUAGAACUGCCUAGAUAGCCUAGUGGUAGAGUGCCUGCUUCAAGUGUAGGAGGUCAUGGGUUUGAUCCGCGGCCGUGUCAUACCAAAGACGUGAAAAAUGCUAUUACAGUUGGACCUGCCCUUGCGACCACUUGAGUUAAGCCACUUCCUGACCUAAGCGACCACUUUAAAUUCCUCCUUUGCGAUUUCAACAAUAAUGUACUCGAGACAAGUGACAUGCCGUAAAACGUGACCAGCGACCAUUUAUUUUACUUCCCAUUCAUUACAUUUACCUGUUAUCAAGCGACCAACUUGAAAAUGAAAUAGACAAAAAAUGACAUCAACUUCUCAAUUCAAACCGAUAACAAAAGGUGUGAUCAUCCUUUGUUACGACCUGUUAAACUUCAUAGAUCAAAUGGCCAGUAAUUAUCGGCAAUUAGCGUGACACCUCGUGCCAGUUUUGUUGUUCACAAUUUGAUAUCAGUUAAAGGUAAUAGUUUUAUUAGUAUUAUAUUAUUUACAAUUUUUUAUAUUUCUUUCCUCAAAAUACAUAACUUCAUAUAAAAUUAAUUUUGGUUAAGGAAAAAUAAACUACUAUUACCUAAUAGUGGUCUUGCGUUUUAUACAGAUCAUACGAAUGGCAAUCGUAGUUUUUAGCCUAAAAAAUUAGCACGUAGAGUAGAUUCCCUUUACCAGAGUGGCGAAAAUCAUAAACAAACUUGUCUUGAAGCUGGAAAAUCAGCUUGUUUCUUCAUGACAGCUUCUUUACCGAAAUACAUGCUCAGAACUCUAUCCUGAGUUAAGAGACCACAAUCUCAACUUCCCCUGUGCAGUCACUUAGGACAGGUUUGACUGUAGUAGCUUCCUUGCUUGGCGCUCAGCAUUAUAAGGCUAGGACUGGUCAGCCCGGUGUCAGUAUAAUGUGACUGGGUGGGGUAUCAUGUCACAUGUCUAUGACAUGAUAUUCCAGUGAGGCAGCACUGUAAAGGUAGGCAUUGUGCUCACUGCUACUAGUAGACGCCAUCGUUUAUAUGACUGAAAAAUUGUUGAAAAAAACAUUUAACCCAAACAUACACACAAUUUUAGAAUGAUAGCCAUGAUUAACAUAUACCAUAUAUUACGUAAAUAUUAUUAACAUGUUUAUGUUGACUCGCUGAGCUGACACGUUAUCUUAAAUGAUUAAUAUAAUGUGUAAUUGUUUAGGUAAGAUAUUUGAUAUGGACUUGUAUUAAUUAUUUCUCUGAUUGUUACAGUCCAUUUCAGUAUGGUGUUUUCAGAUUUCUGUUACCAACUGUUUCUAAUUCAGAGUGAUCCAAGUAAGUUUUAAUCAUUUUGGGAUUAACCUCUUGAUCUUAGAUUUUCUAACUAAUCAGUGGUUUGUGGCUUGUUUAAAAGCGCAGCUUUUCAUAGGUCAAUGAAUUGAGGCAUAAUGAAGUUAUGUACACAUACUGAUUCUCCAGUUAAGAUCAGGUCCAGUUAUUAUAAAACCAUUUCAAGAUUGUACUUAGAAACAACCUCUCAGAUACUGCCAAAUUGAAAUUGGUCAACAUCUUAUAAUCUAUGGACCAGAUCUUGCAUAAUAUAAGCAUAAUAUUUUAUAUUUUUUACCUGAUAUUUUAUUCAGUGAUGUGCAGAUAUAUUUAUAGAUCUGAAACCAAGUGAUGGUCCUAUUGAAAUUUCAUAGUUUAACAAACUAAUUUCAUAAAUAUAUUUACUCUUGAUGUUGAAUGUUCCAGCCAACACUGUGGCACAUAUUACACACUCAAAACAACAUAUAACAUAAAAUUAAUGUCAAGUGAUGAUGUAUACUUACACAACAGAAGUUGUUUUUGUGAGAUUGCACCAAUUUCUUCAUUGACUCAGCUAAUUAGCCUUUAGCCUGCUAAAUUUCUAAAAUGGACUGGUCCAUCAUUCAGUUUGGUCAGUACCAUUUAUAAUUAGAAGGGAUGGACACUGAAAAUUUACUGGCUGAAUAGCAAAUAGUGCAGACCAUGAUCAGCCUGCACUGGUUGCAAAGGCAGAAUCACUUGGCGCCAGCAGGCUAAAGGAUAGCAUAUUAUAUGUACAAGUGUCAUAUCAGUCGAACAGACCAAGAAAAAUGCACAUGGUAUAUGAUUCAGCAUGCAUAUUAGCAGUUUUUCAUCAUUGUUAGAUUUAUAAACUUGUGAACAUAUAAAACCGUACAAAGUUUUCAGUUAAAAAAAUGUUUUUACGGAUGCACAGUAUAUCAGUAUCUGGCCAUGGCUGACAUAUUAGAUAAGAUAGCUUUCUGACAGACAUGCAAUUCCUUUGGGUUUAUAACCCCAGAUCCAGUAUUUUAUGUGAACUGAAUGUUCUUGUUUUCCAGAAAUAGUAUUGAAUAUUCUUAUUUUCAAAAAAUAGUAUCGAAUAUUCUUGUUUUCCAGAAAUAGUAUUGAAUAUUCUUGUUUUCCAAAAUAGUAUUGAAUAUUCUUGUUUUCCAGAAAUAGUAUUGAAUAUUCUUGUUUUCCAAAAUAGUAUUGAAUAUUCUUGUUUUCCAGAAAUAGUAUUGAAUAUUCUUGUUUUCCAAAAGAGUAUUGAAUAUUCUUGUUUUCCAGAAAUAGUAUUGAAUAUUCUUGUUUUCUUGAAUUGCAUUUGUUUCUUUAAAAAUCACAAAUCUAUUACUACUAAAUUGGGACCUUACUUUUUGGACUGCAAAUUAAAAUGGUUCCAAGAUCCAGAAUAUACAUCAUUUUCAAUAAGAACUUUUUGUUGGGUAUUUUUUGUUGUCAAACAUUAUUUGCAGAGGAUUUUGCUUAAUUAUGAAACAACUAUUUGUACUGUUCUUUAGUUUGAUUUGUUUUACAGUUUUGAUGCAUAAUUCAACUUGUACAGUCUAUAAUACUUGUAAGUUGUUUUUUAUUUAACCUUUAGCCUCCUAAAUUUCUAAAAUGGACUGGUCCAUAAUUCAAUUUGGGCAGUACCAUUUAUUAUUCAAAGGGGUGUUCAAUGAAAAUUUUCUGACUGAAUAGCGAACAGUGCAGACCAUGAUCAGCUUGCACAGACGUGCAGGCUGAUCUUGGUCUGCACUGGUCGCAAAGGAAGAAUAACUUGCUGCCAGCAGGCUAAGGGUUAAAUUUAUAUGUUGGUAUAUUUCCUACAUACUUCCUGUUAGCAGGUUUGUUAUGGAGGCAUGUAACAAAGUGCAGUGAUUCAGUUUGCAAUUUUGUAUUUCACUGUAAUAUCAAUGAUUAACUCCCUUGUCUGUGAUUCAAGAUUCCUUAUGGUAUAUCAGAGUGAUGUUCUAUUUAUGCAACAUAUUCUAUUUAUAGAAUAUGAAGAAAUUCUCUUAGAAAGUUUGUUAGCUUUAUUACUUAUUGGCAACCACAAUGUUUGUUCUACACACAUUAACCUUUAUCAUGCUGAACACGAUUGAUUCUGCCUUUGCGACCAGUGUACAUCAUGAUCGUAUGUGCAGUCUGAUCAGGAUCUGCACUGUUCACCACUCAGUCAGUAUCAUUUUGGUAAGCACCCCUUUAGACAGUUAAUGGUACUGUCUAAACUGAAAGAUGGACAAGUUCAUUAUAAAAGUUUAGCAUGGUAAGGGUUAAGUUUUUUUAUUUGUCUCUGUGUUUGAACAAAUUCAGUAGGAGUCUUUCUGCCCAUAUUAAUGUCUUUAUGUUUUGAAAAAUAUUUCUUGAGUGAAAGAGAUGUAUAUUUAUUAUGCCCCCCUUAAAAGAAGGAGGGGUAUAUUGUUUUGCAGAUGUUGGCCGGUAGGUCUGUCCGUCGGUCGGUAUGUAGACCAAUCUGUUUCUGGAUGAUAACUCAAGAACGCUUUGGCCUAGGAUUCAUGAAAGUUGAUAGGGAGGUUGGUCAUCACCAGCAGAUGACCCCUAUUGAUUUUGAGAUCAGUAGUUCAAAGGUCAAGGUCACAGUGACCCGGAACAGUUAAACAGUUUCCGGAUGAUAACUCAAGAACGCUUGGGCCUAGGAUCGUGAAAGUUGAUAGGGAGGUUGGUCAUGACCCGCAAAUGAUCCCUAAUAAUUUUGAGGUCAGUAGGUCAAAGGUCAAGGUCACAGUGACCCAAAACAGUUAGACGGUUUCCGGAUGAUAACUCAAGAAUGCUUGGGCCUUGGAUCGUGAAAGUUGAUAGGGAAGUUGGUCAUGACCAGCAGAUGACCCCUAUUGAUUUUGAGGUCAGUAGGUCAAAGGUCAAGGUCACAGUGACCAGGAACAGUUAAAUGGUUUCUGAACGAUAACUCAAGAACGCUUAGGCCUAGGACCAGGAAAAUUGAUAGGUAGGUUUGUCAUGACCAGCAGAUGACCCCUAUUGAUUUUGAGGUCAGUAGGUCAAAGGUCAAGGUCACAGUGACCUGGAACAGUUAAAUGGUUUCAAGAAUGCUUGGGCCUAGGAUCAUGAAAGUUGACAUGAGGUUGGUCAUGACCAGCAGAUGACCCCUAUUUUGAUUUUUAGGUCAAUAGGUCAAAGAUCAAGGUCACAUUGACCCAGAACAGUAGAAAUUUUAUGUACAAUGACCAUAUAAUUUCUGUAACUUGUGCAAUUACUGAAUGCAUCAAGGGGCGCAUUUCGUGUUCUAUGAGCUCUUGUUUGAAAUAUUUCUUUUCAUUAUAUUGCUCUCCUGUGAAUACCCUUUACUGACAUGAUAAGUUUGAUAACACUAAAUUGGCAUCAUUGAAUGUGACUUGUUAAGGUAUGACAGGAAACAGCAGUUGUAGCAUUUUCACCUUAAAGGGAGGUAAUUACAAAAUUUUAUUUUAAGACAGUGAAACCUUUUUCUUGAUAUCUGAUAGAAAUCUGUCUGCAUGUAAUUGGCUGUUUCCUUGCUGAAGUAAAUCUCUGAAAGAAAUACUCAAAAAGUGAGAGAAAAAAUCGUUAAAGUUUGCUUAAAAGCAGUUGACGUUUAAAAAGAAAA